AAGACACACCACUGCUUUGCUUCACGUUAACGACCAGCCCAGAGGCACUUGUGAUCACGAACCUUCAGGAUGUACUUCUUCAAGGGCACAGUUCAAGGUCAGCAUAGUAAUGCUUGAACCACAAUUGGACAACGAUCUACUAGUGACUACAAGCGAUAGACCCACUGGGCGUCUUCCAGGCCAGAGCAAGCCAUGUGCACUUGCGUACAUGUCGAAAGACAGCCUGAGACACCACACGUGUGCACAGUGUCACAAUGAGUCUGCAAUAUGUCCAGCUACUCCAACGGAUGUUGAGAUGGGAGAUGAAGGCUUUAGGUACGACGUCUGUCCCCCUACAUUCUCGCUAUCUGGGAGCGACGAGAGCCACGUGUCAAAGGUUAUUGACGAGAAGCCAUGCAAAUCUGAUCUUUGUUCUGCACAGUUCCACCAGAGCAGGAGGCUGUGUUGUGACAGUCAAACACACAUGGGCGAGAAGAUGCAGAAGAGUGAUCUCUCCCCAGCGAAAUUCAGCGGGAUUGCGCACCUUCACAAGCAGGCACACACUGGCAAACAGCCAUACAAGUGCGAUGCCUGUCCGGCAGAGUUCAGCGAGAGCAUGAAUCUACAGAGUCAUAAGCAGACACACACGGACGAGAAGCCAUACAAGUGCGACCUCUGUCCUGCAGAGUUCAGCCAAAGGGGGACCCUACAGCGUCACAAGUGGACACACACGGGCGAGAAGCUAUACAAAUGUCAUGUUUGUUCUGCAGAGUUCAGGUACAGUGGGAACCUACAGCAGCACAUGCGGACACAUACAGGCGAGAAGCCGUACAAGUGCAAUCUCUGUCCUGCGGAGUUCAGACAGAAUUCUCACCUGCUGAACCACAAACGCACACACACGGGCGAGAAACCAUACAAGUGUGACGUCUGCCCUGCGGAGUUUAGUCAGAGCGUGAAACUACAGCGGCACAAGAGAACACACACGGGCGAGAAGCCAUACAAGUGCGAUGUCUGCUCUGCUGAGUUCAGGCAGAGCGGGAACCUACAGCAGCACAAGCGAUCACACACUGGUGAAAAGCCAUACAAGUGCGAUGUCUGCUCUGCUGAGUUCAGCCGGAGUGCUCACCUGCAGCUUCACAAGCGGACACACACAGGCGAGAAACCGUACAAGUGCAACGUCUGCCCUGCAGAGUUCAGCCGGAGCGGGAGCCUACAGCAGCACAAGUGGACACACACAGGCGAGAAGCCAUACAAGUGCGAUGUCUGUCCUGCUGAGUUCAGCCACAGCAACACCCUACGCCGUCACAAGCAGACACACAGGGGUGAGAAGCCAUUCAAGUGUGAUGUCUGCUUUGUAGAGUUCAGCCAGAGCGGAAACCUACAGCAGCACAAGCGGACACACACAGGCGAGAAGCCAUACAAGUGCGAUGUCUGCCCGGCGGAGUUCAGUUAUAGAGGGCAUCUACAGUGUCACAAGUGGACACACACGGGCAAAAAGCCAUACAAGUGUGAUGUCUGCCCUGCUGAGUUCAGUUACAGAGGGCGCCUACAGCAGCACAAGCUGACACACACGGGUGAGAAGCCAUACAAGUGCAAUGUCUGCACUGCGGAGUUCACUCAGAGAGUUUAUCUACAGCAGCACAAGGAAACACACACUGGUGAGAAGCCAUACAAGUGUGAUGUCUGCCCUGCGGAGUUCAGCCAGAGCAGGAACCUACAGCAGCACAAACGGACACACACGGGCGAGAAUCUGUACAAGUGCGAUCGCUGUCCUGCAGAGUUCGUCCAUAGCUCGAGCCUGUCGUAUCACAAGCUGACACACAGAAGUAAGAAGCCCCACAAGUGAGAUCUCUGCCCUGAGGUUUUCAGCCAGAUCAGGCACCUACAGCAUCACAAGCAGACACACACUGGCGCAAAACCUUACAGGUGCAAUGUCUGCCAUCUAGAGUUCAGCUGAAGUGACAGCCUAGAGAGUCACAAGCAGACACACACACAGAGAAGAAGCCAUGCAAGUGCGAUGUCUGCCUUGAGGUUUUCAGCGAAAAUGCGACCCUACAGCAUCGCAAACGAACACACAUGGGCGAGGAGCCAGACAAAUGUGAUGUUUGGCACGGAGUUCAGACGCAGUCAGCACCUACAGGGUCACAAGUGGACACACAUGUGUGAGCUCUGCCCUGCGGAGUUCAGUGAGAGAAGGAACCUACAACAGCAUACACACGAUUAAGCUAUGGCUUGCUAUCGAGCCAUGUGAACAUAAAUGUUAGUCGCACAUGCCUGACCUUAUAGCCUAUCAGAUGAUUGUUGUCAUGAGUUCCACGGCUCCAAAUGCUGAGCUAUGAUCCUAUCAUAAAAGGGAUACACACGAGCAAGAAGCCACAAAAAUGUGAUCUCUGCCUUUCCGUGUUCAACAAAAGCACAAAGUCUGCGGAAUCACAAAUUGGAGACACGAGGCCGUACCAGUGUGAUAUCUGUCCUGCAACCAGAACACGAAUGUGGUAUCACAAGCGAAAACACACGUGCAGGAAGCCCUGCAAGUGCGAACUCUCUUGAGUUGAGAGUUGAGCGAUCGCGCAGACCUACAGCGCCACAUGCGGGCGAGGAGCCAAACACAAGUGCUUUUAUGCAGCUACGUAUGUGCCUUAUGAAGCAUACACAAGUGGGUCAUACACGCAUUGUAAGC